AUGGUACGUUACCAUGCAGUCAACCUAGCUCCUGUAUCAGGAUCGCUGACUUUUCAACAUGGAGAAGGUUUGAAGUAUCUUUACGGCACUACAGACUACGGUGACGCUGUCGGAGACGAAUGGCUUAUCGUAUACAUGCUGCGCGAGCUGUCCAGGUCUCAUCCGCAGCUCUGGGUACGUGUGAGUGAUGCCGACGGGGAGUUUCUUCUCAUUGAAGCCGCCAACGUGCUCCCGAAGUGGCUGGACCCCGAGAUGGAUGAGAACCGAGUAUGGAUUCAUCAGGGAAAGCUGCUCAUAAUCCCCAGCGACGACUCGAAUUCGGCCUCUAGUCGCUCUAUUUCCUUGCCUGACGCCGUCAACUUUCUCCAGUCGAAAGCUAAUCUGCUGCUUCAUUCACCCAUGAUCGAAUCUGAAGCAUUCUUUCGCCUGGGAAAAUAUCCUGCGCAGAUUCAUGAUUCUACCCAUCAUUCUACCAUCACCAUUCCACGGAAGCUCGUCUCCGUCCUGCAUUCCCUUCCAGAAUCCCUUUCGCCAGCGGUAGAAUCCUUCUACGUCAGAGACGCCUUUUCCCUGAAAACGAUUUUGUCUCCAUCGCCGGUGUUUCCCCCGGACGACCUGGUAACGGCAAGCGUUCGGUUCAGCAAGGUGCUUUUCGCGCAGCUCAAGUCGCAGCGCUUCGAGCCACCACCUAGUUGGCAAAAGCCCAUGCAAACGGCCGUCAUUGAUGACGUGAAAAGCAUGGCAAAGCUAGAAAUCGGCAUGAAGCUGACUUGCGGUUUCGAAAUGCUAACUUCCAGCGCAAGCAAGAGCAAGAGCAGGGUUGUGCGUCAACUAGCAACUCUACUAGACGAGCUAGAGGGGUCCCAUGCUGCGCUGCCCACAGACGAGGAGAUCUGUUCCUGGCAGGACGCUGGUCGUGACGACGAUGAAGCAUGGAUGGACAUCAAUUUUGAGGACUUUGAGCGUGAGCUGCGUGACAGGCAUGGCCGUGGCGCUCGGGGACAUGGCGACACUCGGUCCAACACCGACCUCGAGACGAUUGUGUCGCGAUUCGAGGCCUUUCUCAACGACGAGAAAGCAGGAUUGGACGGCGUGGAAAUGAAUGACGCCAACGAAGAUGAUGAUGACGAUGACGACGACGACGACGACGACGAUAGCGUUGCGGAUGGCAGUGAUUACGAAGACAAGGAGGUCAGCCUCGAUGAGGACGCUUUCUCGCGAAUCAUGCGUGAGAUGAUGGGAAUGCCACAACCGUCCAAUGGAAAGAAACCAGAGCGAAUUUCCAAAGCGAACGCCAGGUCUUCCAAUGAGGACGAAACCCGCAUUCAAGAGCUCUCAUCGCAAAUGGAAGCCGAAUUAAGGGAGCAGGGAGCGCUCAAACUUGAUGCAGUACCUAGCCAGCAGCGUGUCCUGUGCAGCUCGUCAGAGGAUGCUGGACAGGACGGAAUGCAGCCGAAUGAGGACGGCGACGAUGAAGUAGACAUCAAUUACAACCUGGCGCGCAACCUCCUGGAGAGUUUCAGAGGUCAGGCGGGGGUGGCUGGUCCUGCGGGCAACAUCCUUGGCAUGAUGGGACUCCAGCUCCCAAGAGAUGAAGAUGACGGGCACAAUGGAACUGGAGAAAGUGAACGGCAAGAAGCCAGUUGGCGGCGAGAGGGCCAUUGA